UGCUAAGUAACGUUGUUAUAGUCAUCGUUUUACUCGAUGCGAGAAAAGGCAGCGGUGCCUCUUGCGUGUUGUUAAAUUCCACGAUAGAUACCCACAACUAAUUAAAAAAACAACAACUUGAACUGUUAUUUGAAUGCUUUUGCAUCAUGGAGGUUAUUGAGACAAUUGUGAUCCAAAGUACUGAAGUGGAAGAAAAGGAAACGGUUGUGUCCAGCGCGGACACCGAUAAGACCAAAGCAGAAUUCAUCUGGACGCUGCAGGCGACGUGGCACCUUGUCAACACCAGACUAGAAAUGGACCACGCUUUUGAUCAGCCAGUGUGCAAAAAAAAAAAACUCUGGGAGACGGUGGCAGAGAAAGUGAACACGAAACUAAGAGAGUCGGAGGUCACCGAUGUCACCGUGAAGGCGUACGAGUGUGACCUCAAGUGGAGAAACAUGCUGGCCACAUACAGGAAGAACUGCGAGAGGGCCAAGAGGCUGGGGGCCUCCAGCGUCCACUGGGAGUUCUUCAAGGCCAUGCACGAGAUCCUGGGGAAGAGCAGAGAGGAGAUUGAAGACCAGCGACGGGCAAAACUGAGCGGGACGAGAGUGGGCAAGGCCAUGGUGAGCAAGAGGUUCACCCCUAUCCUUCCUAACCCUCCUACAACAGCUGCCCCCUGCACCGCCAGGCCUCCACAGGACGUCCUACAGCUGUACAUGGAGCUGCAAGAGAGGAAGAUGAACAUGUGGGCCCAGCAGAAAGCCCUGGAGGAGAGGAAGAUAGACGCUAUCAACAACCUGGCCCAGGCCAUCUCCAGCCUGGCUCAGAAAAACGUAUCAAAGGAUGGACUUUAGCCCAGAAGACUUGCUGGUUUUUAUUUACCGAAAACUGCUGCACGAGGAACACAGUUAAAGGGUGUUUGCAAUAAACAUUUUUUUAGAUGUUAACUGUUAGCAUUUUAAGAACAGUAGGGCCAGUUUGACAAGAUACACACUCACUAAUCACACACUCGGCAUCUUUUGUUCAUACUGCAAGCAGAUUACAUAUGCCUAAACAAUGUUUUUCUUUUCCCGUUGAUGCGCGAAUGGAUGUAAACAUCACUUAUUUUUAAAACUCAAAUAUGACUCAGAUAAGAAAAUACAAACAUCCUACUGUCAUUGCAUCAGUUCAUAUACCAAAUGUCAUAAACCUAUGCAAUAAUUGUGCAAACUGAAAUGGAAAUGAUCGCAACAGGAUUAUGAUCAUUGCUUAAAGGAAAUCAGUUUGACUAAAACAGAUUUUUUGUGAAAACAGAUAUUUGAAAACUUUUAACAGUAUUCAUUGACACACUGGUACUGUGUAUGUUCGUAUAUUAAUCAUUUACACUAUCACUAUGCAAAACUUUCCUUCGUAAUCUUUCAAUCAAUAAACAAUACUGCAAUAAAGACUGCUUCUGUACAGA